UCCUAAGGAGGAGAUCAAUUGUUUACCUGCGAGAAGGUUUACAAACUUAUGUUGCAUUAUUUUAGCUGGGCUGAAUUUUUCGCUUCAGUUGGGCGUCCUUAAGAUAGACAACGAACGCUGCAGCCCUAAGACAUUCUGUUUCGUGUUGUCAGACUUCAGUUGUCAAAAAUGUCGUCCGGAAAAGUCCAGACAGUUUGUGGUGUUAUUUCACCUGAUCAACUUGGAAAGACCCUAACACAUGAGCAUAUCAGACUUCAAUACAUGUGCUGCUAUUUAGAACCAAAAACAGAUUCUGACAAAGAGCGAGCAAGGGAUCCUGAAAUACGUCUUGAUAAUCUUGGUUGGAUCAGGCAAUAUCCGUACAGUCACAUUGAGAACCUGAAGUUGGGUGACGAGACAAUAAAGUCAAUGAUCACUGAAAUUGGCUUCUUCAAAGAAAAUGGGGGUGGAUCAAUUGUAGAGGCAACCACUGUUGGAAUAAAUCCUGACUGGGAAUUCCUAAAGGAGGUUUCACAAUCGACUGGUGUCCACAUCAUUGCUGGAGCUGGCCAUUACAUGGGUUUUACGUUGCCAGAGUAUGCAAAAGAUGCCAGCAUUGAUGAGCUUUGUCAGGAAAUUGUCAAGGAUAUUGAAGAAGGGAGAAAUGGCAUCAAGGGGGGCGUCAUUGGUGAAAUUGGGUGUACUUAUCCACUGACCGAUUUGGAAAGGAAAUGUCUCAUUGCUGCAUCUAAAGCGCAGAAAAUCACUGGUGCACCAUUACUCAUCCACCCCGGCAAGCACCAUGAUUCUCCAAUAGAGAUUGUUAAUAUAAUCAAAGAAUCAGGGGGUGAUGUCACAAAAACCGUUAUGUCACAUUUGGAUCGAACCAUUUUUGAAUAUAGUGGAUUGGUUGAGUUGGCAAAAACAGGGUGCAUUUUGGAGCAUGACUUUUUUGGCAUUGAAGUAUCGCAUUAUCAGAAUAACCUUGCAGUGGACUUUCUGAGUGAUGCCCAGAGAAUUUACCGAAUCAAGCAUUUGAUUGAUCAAGGCUUUGAGGAUCAGCUAGUGAUUGCGCACGAUGUUCACACAAGACACCGAUUGGUAAAGUAUGGUGGUCAUGGAUAUUCCCACAUUUUGUGCAAUGUGGUGCCAAAAAUGCUCCAAAGAGGUAUCACCCAGGAGCAGGUCGACAAAAUGCUGAUAAGCACGCCAAGAAGAUGGCUGACAUUUUCAAAGUGAAGCAAUGAUUUGGCUUUUGUAAUGACGGAUUUGACAAUUUUUGCUACUAGAUUAGUGUUUAUUAUUGUGAAUUAUAAGAUAAUGUAUUGAAUGAAA